GGUCGCUACUGUUGCUCCUACUGCUAAGACUGCAGCGGCGGCCUUUCCGCAGCAGCAGCGACAGCGUCGGGGCCAUCGUGGCCCCAAGGGAGGGCGUGGUGGUGGUGGCGGCAACAGUGGUUCUGACGAGGGGGCUGGGGCAAGCGUCCAGGAUCAGCAGCAGCCGCAGCAGUCGCAGAAGCAGCAGCAGCAGCAGCAGCAGCAGCAGCAGCAGUAGCAGCAGCAGCCACAGCAGCAGCAGCAGCAGCAGCAGCAGCAGCAGCAGCAGCAGCAGCAGCAGCAGCAGCAGCAGCAGCAGCAGCAGCAGCAGCAGCCGCAGCAGCAGCCGCAGCAGCAACAGCAAUAGCCGCCGCAGCAGCAGCAGCAGCUGUGGGCCCGCCUCCCGCCGGGGUGGCUGGGAGCCCCUGGAGGGGUCUGCUCCGCCACGCUUGCUCCCCCUGGCGCUGCACCGGGAGCGAGACAGGCAGGAGCGGCUGAUCCGCAGCAUCAUGAGGCGCAUGAUCGCCGCCCGGCGGCACCGCAGAGAGCAGCAAGCCACCGCUGCCGCCACCGCUGCUGCUGCUCAGCUGAUGGACAAGUGCCUCACCUUCCACCUAGCUGGCCACGAAACCACCUCCAACCUCCUCACCUGGACCGUGCUGCUCCUAUCACAGCACGCCACGUGGCAGCAGCGCGCGCGAGAGGAGGCAAGGCAGGUGCUGGGAGCCGAUGGGGCGAGGCUGACGAUGGAGAAGGCGGCAGAGCUAAAGACCAUCACCAUGAUUCUCAAUGAGUCGCUCCGGCUCUAUCCGCCCGCUCCUGUCGUUGCACGCCUCUGCGCCACCCGCGCCAAGCUAAGCGAAACGCUUAGCAUUCCCGCCGGGUGUGGCGUGACGGUGCCUAUCGGAGCGAUGCACAGGAGGAAGGAGCUGUGGGGGGAAGAUGCGAACGAGUUCAAACCGGAACGAUUCGAGAACGGGAUUAAAAAGGCGGCAACGCACCCGCUCGCAUUCAUCCCCUUUAGUGUCGGCCCCCGUACGUGCAUUGGGCAGAACUUUGCAGUGCUGGAGGCAAAGGCGAUUCUGUCGCUGCUGCUGCUGAAGUUCUCGUGGCGCGUGGCUCCAUCGUACCGGCACUACCCGGAGCAGCUGCUGACAUUGAAAACCAAGUACGGCAUGCCAGCGGGUGUUGUGUGAUGUCAUCAUAUGCUAUCACAUUCUGUCUGCCUCCCAUCUCUUGUUUCAAUUCGUAUGUAUGGUUUGACUGUGUGUGAAAGAAUUUGUGUGUGGUGUGUUCUGGAGUUUGGGAAUGUGUUUUGUGUUAUUCUGUCUGAGCAGGUAUUUGUGAGGAUAGAUCUUGAGAAGAUCUUUCCGACGCAACGAGAAUCGCUUCAAUCGGAGCAAGAACGCGAAAGCUAUGAAGAUUCAAAGUUCAUGAGCUUGCGUUACAAUUGCGGCGGUUACAAAGUGAAGUUGUGGGGUGACUUUAUAUGGAGUUGGGACCUUUGGGGUUGGGGAAACUUGUCACUCUACUGUAACAGCUGCAAAUAGGUUGGGAACAACCAAGCUAGGUUGGCAAGGGUGGCCAACUUGGAUGGAUUGGUUGGGAAGGGACAAAGGUCAAAGUUGAGGUUCCUAUAGGGAGGGAAUCUUUGUGCUUAUGGGUUUCCUUGGUUGGGGACUCUCUUGGGACCUUCCCUCUCAUCCCUCUCUUCCUAUCCCAACCUUUCUCUUGCUCCUUCUUAUUCCUUGUGAGAUUCUUGAACUUUGAUUGAACUUUUGAGAUUGAGUUAAGUU